GCCGGGAAGGCACUAGAAGAUCGAGGGAUCCCGAGGCGGGCAGCUAACUAAUAGCUGAUCGCUGACGUUCUCGAGUCCUCCUGGCCGCCGGCGACUCGCGACCGCUCGUGAUGCUUCGGUGAUGUCACGAACGAGGGCGUGUGGGCGGACGAUGACGACGAUGAUGGCAUUGAUGAUGAUGAUGAUGAUGACGAUGAUGACGAUGCUGGCGAUGGACGCUCCGUCCGCCCGCAGAGCCCAGUGAAGCCCCCCGAAAGACGAUGGAAGGCGCGUCGCUGCGCGACCACGAGCAGCUGCUGCGUUUCCUCGCGAAGCUGAAGGAGGUGUUCGACGUGUGCGACGAGGACGCGGACGGCUUCAUCCGCAUCGAGCACCUGGUCAACCUGGGCUUGCGCUUCGGCCAGGGGGACGAGGUGAGACGUUUGUCUGAGUACCUGGACCCCAGAUCCCAGGGGAAGAUCAACUUUAAGAGCUUCUGCCAUGGAGUUCUUGCCAUCAAAGGAUGUGAGGAGAUGCUGAAGAGCGCGCUGGGGACCUUCCACCUGGCCUCACGGCCACAGGAGACCGACAAUGGCUACUACUACCAGCACGGAGAGGCGGGGGGGGGUCAGCCGGCCGUCCCGCGCGUGAACGAAUUCUCCGACGUCCCCCUGUAUCCGGAGGGCGGAUCUCUGGCUCACAGCGAGACCCAGGACUCGGACAUGGACAGCUCGGACGGGGGACCGUCCGACGACAGCUCUGGGCAGCUGGACGCCUGCAUCAGCGCCGACCUGUGCGCUCGCUCCCCUGCGUCUGUGAUUUCUGCCGAGGAGCAGUUCGAGGACUACGGCGAGAGCGAGGACGUUGACUUCACCCCCGGUAGCCCCGGUCCCGAUGACGAGACUCGAACCAACGGGUACUCUGACCUCGGCUCCUCCGUGCCGUCGAGCGCUGGACACACUCCACAGAAGAUGAGGCAUCUGUACUGCGGUGAACUGCUGGACAUCUACUGCUCCCAGUGCUGCCGGAAGGUCAACCUUCUCAACGACCUGGAAGCUCGACUUAAGAACCUCAGGGCCAACAGCCCUAACAGGAAGAUCUCGAGCACAGCCUUCGGAAGACAGCUCUUCCACAGCAGCAACUUCAGCAGUGGUAAUGGCAGCACCGAUGACUUGUUCUGUGACAGCGUCGACUCCUGUGACGUUGACAUCACCGAGAAGGUGAGCUACCUGGAGAAAAAGGUGACGGAGCUGGAAAACGAGAGCCUGGUGAGCGAAGACCUCAAGUCCAAGCUCAGGCAAGAGAACACGCAGCUUGUCCACAGGGUCCAUGAACUGGAGGAACAGGUGAAGGAUCAAGAGGUGCGUGCGGAGCAGACGCUAGAUGACGAAAUUAAGAGGCACCGCGUGGUGUACUGCAAGAUGGGCCGAGACCGAGGUGCACAGAUUGAGCUGCUGAGCAACAGAGUCCAUCAGCUGGAGGAGGAGAACAGAGAAAUGACCCUGAACGUGUGCAGGCUGAAGUCACAGACAGAGAAAUUAGACCAGGAGAAACGGCGCAUGACGGACAAACUAGAGGACACGAGUCUGCGUCUGAAGGAUGAGAUGGACCUGUACAGGAGGAUAAUGGACAAGCUGUGGCAGAACCGGAACCAGUUUCAAAAGGAGAAGGAGGCCAUGCAGGAGGUUAUUGAGGACCUGCGAAGGGAGCUGGACCACCUGCAGCUCUUCAAGCUAGAGACGGAGACCCCGGGUCGAGGGCGGAGCGCCAGAACCCGUGAGAUCGAGCUGGAGCAUGAGGUGAAGCGCCUCAAACAGGAAAACCACAAGCUGUUGGACCAGAAUGAUGACCUGAACGGACAGAUCCUCAGUCUCAGCCUGUAUGAAGCUAAGAACCUGUUUGGCACUCAGACCAAGGCCCAGUCCCUGGCCACAGAGAUUGACAAUGCUUCCCGGGAUGAGCUGGUGGACGCCCUGAAGGAGCAAGAAGAAAUCAACUUGCGCCUCAGGCAGUACAUGGACAAGAUCAUUCUGGCCAUCCUUGACCACAACCCUUCCAUCUUGGAAAUCAAGAGCUAGAUCCCAACUGUCGGCAUCUGGGGGGCUGAAACGGGGGGCUGUGCCAUUCCAGGGAGGUGGAUCGAAAGCAGCUCUGUGUCUACAAAAAGGAGCUGCUUUCCUCUACUGUAGUAAUCUGUCAGUCCAGUUGUCCAUUUCAUGUUUACUUGUGUACUGAUCACGAAUGAAAAGAAUGAAGGUUGUUGGGAACAUGGUUGAGGGCAGAGGACUUGAGGAAACCCAGUCAUGUGAUGGUUAAUAUAUUUUUCUUUGUUCAUCCGGACAAAUGGGGACCAAAAUAACCUCACUUUGUUUGGGUUUCCUUAGUCUGGGCCAUUAAGUGACCGUGAAUUAUUCACCGACCGCUUUGAUCUUGCUUUCAUACAUUGGAUAUGACAUUUAACUUGCCCAGAUGCCCUUAAAAACAGCUUAUCUUUGCUUUAAGGGUGAUGAAUUCUCUUUGGGUUCUCAUAACCCAGGAAAAUCUGCCACUUGCAGGGCAAAAGAUUUUUUUUCUACUCUUAUUUCUGGAAGCGGAGGGUCGAUCUGUUCCAGCUGCCUGUUCCGUGUGCGCCGAACCCAUGGCUUGCACUAGUUCUCUUUUUUUUGUGCAGCACGGUAUGGUUGUAGGGCGAUGAAAUGCCACAUGGUAGAUCCCUGCCAACAGUAGUACGUACAGGAACAGAAGAGCCCUGCGAGACAAACCGUGCAGUUGGGGUGUUUCAGAUAUCCAAAAAAAAGUUGGGGUGUAAUUGCUAUGAAUCCAUGGACUGGUUCCAUUUUUUUUGGGAGCGCACAUCAUCUGUGCGUGAGGAACGCUUUGAGUUUGUAUAGAUGGAACUGAGGGAACGAGGUCUUCUGAGGCCUUUUGGUGCCGUGAACAGACGAGUUGCCCGCUGCUGACGUAGGUCCUGGGCAACAGACCAUCUGUAGAAGGGUCAGUGUUUGAGUGCUUCUGUUUGCACUUUUGGAGGAACCUCAGUAAAGUGAGGUACAGAAAGGGUAUCGGCUUCUACAGUCAUUUUCACAUAUGUACAUGAUAUUGCAGGUAGCCAUAGAUUUUUGGCACACACAUGGAAAAAAAAAAACCACUAAAUUAGUCUAUGUAGCACCUUGUCUCACACUGUAUCUUGUUCUAGUAACUUCAGGGUUCGAAACACCCUGAGUCACAGUAUUAGAAAGAGACUAGUUAGAGAAAGAGCCAGUAAUCAACUGCUGUAGAGUAAUUUUGCUUCGUUGCACAAACUAUACGGAGGUUUCUGUGUCUUUUACCUUUUUUCUUGUACUUGUGCCUUGGUAUUAAAGGUGUGUCACAAUCACUAUUUGUUCAUCUUAUUACUUUUCUGGUUGUAGAGAGCUUUUAUAAAUUCACUGUUGGUAUUUUUCCGAAACUGUAAAUGCUGUACAGAACUUAGUUACUUGUGUUCGUAUGCCAACCAACACAUAAGAUUAUAAAGUGUCUCGUUUACAAUUAUGUAACACGUGGCAAAAGGCCUUAUCGAGUAGAUGGCGUGCUAUCAAAAUUGCACUAUUUUUCCCCUCGAAGUUUAACUUCACAUUUUCUCCACUGACUUGUGGCUUGUGUUUUACUUCACAUGGCCCUCCCUUCUUCCAGAAUAUACUUUCAUCACCAGUUUCUCCCAUUGAGGAUGGUGCAUAAAGGCAAUAUUACUGUUCUCCAAGCUUAAGAUACAUUUAUUGUUUCCAUAUUCUUGAAGCACGGCAUUAAGAUUAAAUCAUUUCCUCGCAGAACUUUGCACAAGCUAAGCAGUCGGUAAAUGUGUCGUUCCCAAGAUUCAAAGCAGGAUGAUUUGCUGUAGGGCAGGGCAGUCGUCCUUUUCACGCUCUUAACGUUUCACUCAAUGUGUUGUUGGCAGAAGAAGAGAAAACGGAAAAGUAACAUUGCCUGAUCACCCACUCUAGUAUUUUGCUUGUGGUCCAUAAUCGUGUCUUUUUCGAUACUAACUGUUGUGAUGCCGCACUGUAGAGUUACUGAGUAGUUUAUUUGGAAAACAACCAAAUGAUGUUUUCGGAGUGCUCAACUUAGCUGUGACUUUGCUCAAUCUUAAUUAAAAAAAAAAAAAAGGAAAUAUUUGGCAUGGUGAAAGGUAUUCAGGCUAUUUUUCUUUUUAACUGUGCAGAACAGUUAAAAGUGCAUUUCCACUUCUAUAUGUCUGUAGCCUCAGUGUUUGAUGUUUUUAUUUAAAAAUGUCAGAGGUGAAUAUGAGAAUUUUUUUUUUGCU